CUGAUUGUAUUCGAAGUCAUUGUUUAGCGGUUUUCGGAAAGCGGAAACUAUAUGCAUUGAAUUUCUAUUAUUUUGUAAGUUAAAUGUAAUAAUCCUAUAGCAAGGCGUGCAACAUGUCUAUCGAAUACGCAAAUCUUUGUUCGGUGGUGAUAAAACAAGUUUUUGGCGAGACAGUACAGACUGUUUCUGAUUGUUUAUUCUGCGCCGUUUCACGCACGUUGCCGGCUAUAGUAAAAACCACGAAGUUGUCACGCAAGGAGGCUGCCAUGGCAUUGUCAGUGCUGAUUAAAUAUCAACUAGUGGUUUUUACUCCCUGCGAAUCAAAUCCGUAUUUAGCCGAAUAUUCGCUGAAACGCGAAGAAAUUUUCUACAUACUACGCUAUCCAGGCUACGUGCAAUUGAUUCAUACUAAGUAUGGUACGGUUGGCGCCGCUAUUGCUGAAGAGUUAUUGCAUGGCGGUCCACAAACGGCCACAAAUACAAUACUCAAAUGCAUUGCUAACUCUGAGGCCAAGGAAAAAGUAGAAUCAUAUCGCGAUAACUUCUUGGCUAUGGUGAGCGAUAAUUACCUUAUCCGAUUGCCACAACUAGCAUCUGCUGAAGGGGAGCCUGUUCCGAAAUUGCAAAUCGAUGCAUACCAAUACUUUGUGCCUCCCGAUAUCAAUCUGCAGUUUGUAGCGCAAGUGCAGGCGGGCAAAGAAAAAGUGGAAGGAGCUGCCGAUGCUAGCAUUUUUUGGCACAUAAAUUUUAGUCGCUUUCAUCAAGAUUUUCGAGAUACGAUAAUGGUAGGUGCCAUUGAGCGAAAACUAGGGGCCAGCGCCAGUGAAUGCUUCAAGUAUAUACUUAAGCAAAUGUAUGAGCGUACGGAUCCAUGGCAAAGGGAAUGUUCAAAUCCCUUCACUUUGGCCGAAAUAAAACAAAUGAUUGAAAAGAAGUCCAACAAUUUGGAUUUAAUAAAGCAUUUGGAUCAAUAUGUGUCAUUGUUAGCUGAUGAUCCAUUGGGCUUCAUACGAAAAAUUGGAGAAAUGGGUGGUGGUCAGUAUGUUGUGGAUUUGAGGCACGCCUUCAAAGAGCUAACAUUAUCGUGGUUCGGGCGUGUGAUAACAGAACGCUAUGGCUCAAAAGCGUCACGAAUUUUUCGCAUAAUACACAUGAAAAAAUUCAUCGAGCAGGAAGAACUGCAAAAGGAGGCGAUGAUACCGGCGCGAGAGGCAAAGCUACUUUCUUACUACCUAUUCCACGAUCAAUUUAUACAACUCAAAACAAUCAGGAAGGCAGGCGGCGGUGGCACAGGACCAGCUAAAUCGUUCUUUUUGUUUCAUUUCAAACCUAAACAGAGCGUCCGGAUGAUAUUAAAUAUUUGCUACAAAGCUUUGUACAACACAAUUGAGCGUUCUAAUUUUGAAAAGUCUGAACACAAGCGAUUGAUCGACAAGUCACAAAAGCUUGACAGCAUUGUUGCAACGAUGAAGGAGCGUGGGGAAUCCGCGGAGUACAUAGACGAAAUACUUGAAACUUUGACGCCACCCGAAAGAGAAAUACUAGAAAAAGUAAAAUCUCGCAUCAAGACACUCUCGAAAGCGGAACUCACCAUCGAUAGUAGUAUAUUUUUGUUACAAAUGUUUUUGCACCACUCCAAGGAAACAACGUCGCUUGCGAGUAAAGAAAAAAAGUGAAUACAAAUUUAGUGUUUUUUUAUUUCAAUAUAUAAAAAAUUUGGUUUUUCAAUGAAUUAAGUAUCCAAAAAAAAUGUUCAUUAAUACUUAAACUUUAAAAUUAUAAAUUAAUGUGCUGUGCAACAACGUAAGAAAUUGGACUAUAUACAAAUGAAGAAGACCAACGGUAACUACAAAAUCUUAUAAAAAUAUGUAUGUAUGUGCGCGCAUGAAGAAUCAUACAAACAUAGAUAUUGUAAAUGCUCUGAACCGAUGAAAUGCUGUGAUGCUAAAUGCUUAAAUACUAAACUAA